AUUGAUUGAAGUGAUUCAUCGACAAAGACAUUGAUUUACUAUAUAUUAUUGUUGGCCGUCAUUACCACCGAUGAUGACAAUGAUGACCGAGUCGUCGCCGAUGUCCACCGAGUUUGUCAAAGGCUGGAUAUUGUCGACACCACUCGGCGAAGGACACUUUGGCCAAGUUUGGCUACUGGUCAACAACGAAACCGACGAGUGUGUGGCCGCCAAAGUGAUUGACUUAAGCAAACAUCCCGAAGCCAAGACUAGUUUAACCAAAGAAAUAUGUUUUCAUAAGAAACUAAAUCACGAGAAUAUUAUCAAAUUUAUUGGCCACCGAACCGACGAAACUAUUGAAUAUAUAUUCUUGGAGUACGCCUCCGGUGGCGAACUAUUUGACCGAAUUGAGCCCGACAUAGGAAUGGACACCAGUUUAGCCCAUCGUUUCUUCGCACAGAUCAUUGCCGGAGUCGAGUAUUUGCAUUCAAAGGGUAUUGUUCACAGAGAUCUUAAACCAGAAAACAUAUUACUCGAUGAAAAUGAUAACAUAAAGAUAUGUGACUUUGAAAUGUCUACACUAUUCCUAUAUUCGGGUGUCGAGCGUCUAGUGAACAGCACUAGCGGAACAGUUCCCUAUAUGGCACCCGAAAUAUUUACACAAAAACAAGUUAAGGCCGCACCGAUCGAUAUUUGGAGUUGUGGCGUAAUACUGGUCACUCUGUUAGCCGGCGAACUUCCAUGGGAUCAGCCGACCGACGAUUGCGAAGCCUAUCGGGAUUGGAUUGAUUCGGAUAUAACAUCGUAUCCCUGGAAUAAAAUCGAUAGCUUAGUAUUGUCAUUACUGCGUAAGAUAUUGUGUCCAAAUGUUACAAAACGCUAUACACUGACACAAAUCCGCAAUCAUCACUGGUUUAAGAAGUGGUCGAAAAAUAAUGAGAAUCACCAAUUAGAUGACGACGGCGACGGCCAGGGAUAUAAAAGACGGCGCUUAGCCGACUCUGAUGUGUCGACGGCGGGGACGGCAGUAGUCUCAUCGGUCUCCCAACCGAGCGAUGUCCUAAUGAACAGUCAACUAUCGGUGUGGAUGACCAACAAAGACAACAACAACAAACACAAGUCGUUUUCACAGCCGACAGCCGUCGACAAUAUGAUACUGAAUACCCAAUUGACACCAUUCGGCAAUUCGCAGAGUGUCUACCAGAGACUAGUCAAACGGAUGACCCGUUUCUUUACGAACAGGGAUUCAAAUCAGACAUUCCGGCGUCUGAAACAUGUUUUCGAUGAAAGAAAUUAUACCCUAAAGACACCGUUACCAACACAAUUUACUAUAUCGACUAAUGAUAAGAGAGGAAUGCCGUUAGUGUUUAGCGCCAACAUUAUUGAGAUGAAUCCGAGCAAUAUAUUAGUAGAUUUUCGUUUAAUGAAAGGCAACGGAAUUGAAUUUAAAAGACAUUUCAUUAGUAUACGCAAUGAUAUCAACGAUAUUGUAGUUAAGGGACCCAUUACUUGGCCCAUUGCCUGUGCAACCCAUACAUUGCCAUAA